UGUUUUGAGGAGGGGGGCAUAAGUGUCUUGGGAAGGGUCAAAGGUGGGAGGUCAGGAUUCUGAGUGGUGACCCCCGAGGGGGGUUGGGAGGGUCCGGUGGAGAAAGAAUCAAGAAGCAUUGGAAGGAUGACGAACAUGGCGGACAACCAUAAGGAGAGCUGGGCAGCCUUGGUGGCUGCAGCAGAACAGUACCGGCGUCAGACAGGCAAUGAGAUAGUGCUGCUCACCGCCUUCAGGGCCCCACCCCCCGGCGGCUUCAGCUACGCACAGCAUGGAAGUGGGGCUCUGGCUGAUGCUGUUCAACGCUACCUCGAAGACAUUGCAGUGGUUCACAAGACCACUGCCUUCACCUAUGCUGCCCGCCCUCCUUCUGCCCCUCGCCCAGGCCCUACCAAUGGGUCUUACUCCCGGAGUUACUCCUAUGCCUCGGAGGAGCCUGCCCCGCACAGGACACCUACCCCCCAGGGGCCCUUGCUGCAGGCUUCUGGAGGCCAGGAGCCUGAAGAUGAAGAUGAUGAAGGAGACAGGAAUACCCUGACAGAACUGGAACAGCCAGGUGGGAGAGAGCAUCCCAGUGACACCACUGGUCUGUUUGUGAUGGAUGAGGAUUCCCCAAGCCAGGAAUAUGAGCCUUUCUUUGACUCUGAUCUGGAGAGCACUGAUGAUGGGAGUCUAAGCGAGGAGGCUCCUGGGCAGACAGCCCCUCCACCCCUGAGCCAUCAGUAUGCCAAGUCCCUGCCUGUCUCUGUGCCAAUCUGGGGCUUUAAGGAGCAACGGCAAGAGAUGCGGUCCUCUGACGAAGAGAACAGCAAGCAUUCGUCCCCUGACCUGGAAAAGAUCGCUGCCAGCAUGCGGGCACUGGUGCUUCGGGUGUCGGAUGGCACGGAGAUGUUUGGGGACCUGCCUCGCCCACGCCUCAACACCAGCGACUUCCAGAAGCUACAGCGGAAAUACUGAUGGAUCUGGUGGUCCUUUGUCCCUCCCCAGUUGGUGUCCUUUGCUUUUCCCCCCUCCCCCCCAUCCAAAAUUGGUGGACAGGGUUGGAAGCUCCCCUCAAGCCAUACAGUUCAAGUCUCCUCCUCUUCCCUCUCCCCAACCCCUCUGAGCUCCCACAAGCUUUAAAUUAAAGUGAUAACCUCAGUCUCACACUACAGCUGGGGUGGAGAGUCCAGUUCCCUCCACACCAGAAAUCCUGUGCCACUUUCCCCUCUAAUUAAUCUUGGGUAAUUAGGUGGUACAGCCGUUUCUUUCUGAGAGGGGUUCCUGACACAUAGAAGAGGCGAAAAGAACACUACGCAGAUGUACUGACAAAAAUACACCACCAUGUCUGUUCUCUCCCCCCACCCCCUUUCAAAUCCACUCCAGCUCUGGCUGCUCUGGGUUCCCCUGGUCAGUUUUUUUGUUUGUCCUCCCAAAAUAAGUGUCUUAAAAUAUCCUUUGCACAUAAGCUGGGUUUGUCUACACUUUACGAGUUUAAGCUAAGUGACCCUUUGUAGAGCAGGCAGCAAUGGGGCGGGGGGGGGGAGAAAUCUUGUCACAAUCGUUGUGCAUAAUUCUCUCCCAAUUUCCAGGAGUGGUAUUUCAGGGUCCUUUUUUUCUAUUGGGGAGGGUGGGGCAAACAUGGGGCUGCCCCACAAGGCAGAUGGGAUGUAAAAGAGGCUCUAGGAGUCGCUUACAAUCUGCUGUUUAUUAUCUUCCCUGCUCCCAUCCCCCCUUGCUGCCCCAGCAUACUUUUGUAUCAGAUUUUCAAGGGCUCUUUCUGGCUCUAGCCCUCUAUUUUUGUCCAAAGAAGAUUGGUGAAAUGGAAGGGAGAGGAUGUAUUUUUUUCUCCUUCCUGCCAACCUACAAGCCAAUAGUAAUUAAUAAAAAAGCUGUCUUUUACCAA